AUGUCCGUGAAACCUUGUUUAGACCUGGUAAAUCUAUAUUUCGAGAGUACGCCUGUCUCAGAAUGGUCGUAUAUGGGAUUUUUAGAAGCACUGAAAACUAAUUGUGUCUCUGAAGUUCGUUCGCUGGCUGACCAAAAAUCUAUAUGGAGGAAACGAUAUCUUACAUAUUUAAGUAACGUUCUUAUCGAGGAACAGGAUGGUAUUAGCAAAGAGCGUGUAACUUUUCUGAUUCAACAGAAACGUCCACCCGAAGAAGAAAACUUUUGGAAUGGUGUCAAGACUGAAAAAGAUCUAAUGGUAAAGGAGGAUAUUUUCGAUAAACAAUCGCAAAUUGACGCAUUAAAUGUGCUUGAGGCUACUCUUAAGAUGGCAAAAGGAGAAGAAGCAGAUACAUCAUUUGGACAUAAGCGAUCAUACGAUGAAGAAUUACCAUCAACUUCGUCAAAAAAGAUCAGUACUUAUGGAAACGAAGAAGAGUUGGCUGAAGAAGAUAUUACUCAAGAAGAUGUUCUGAACUCUGUUUCCGAAGUUUCUGAUACCUUCGGGAAAACCAAAUUCCCAGUAUAUUACGAGAAACUCAAGUCGAUAUGGCAUACUCGAGAUGCUGAGGCGAAUUAUUCUAUUAUUGAUAUGGGAGAUGAGGAAACACUAAAUCAGGUUCACGAACUUUUGAGCGAUAAUGAAUUGAAUUUUUUGUCUGAAAGGUUAAGUUUGACGGAUGAGAAUGAAUGUAUAAGUACGGAGGCGCGUAGGUACAUGACACUGUUUGAUGAGAUCAUUGAGGAAGGUAAUUAUGAUGAUGAUAUAGAAGGCGAGAAUAAUGACAUAACUGAUGAAAGAAACAGUGAAGAGUUUGAGAAAGCCAUCGCAAAAAUGAAGGGAAAAGUUCAUCAAUUAGACAGUCUAUCCAAAAAAUUUCACUAUCUAUCUAACACCUUUCCUAUUCCAGCGGAGAGUUAUGAUCAAUCAGAAACGCCCGAUAUUUUUGUUAUUAAGAGCGUCUCUAGUCACCUUGAUACAAUCACAAAAAUGAAUGGUUUAAUGAGGAAUACUCCUGAACGUACAUGGACAGCUCAUGUAUUAGCUUAUCUUUUUUUUGUCACAUUUUGUUUUAUUGAUUCAUUGCAGUAUUUCUCAUGUGAACGAGAUAUUUCUACCAAGAUCGAUGCUCAAAAUAAUGGGUAUAAAGCUGAUGGUGUCUUGGAGCUUUUUGAGCGACCAAGGCAAAUUCCUUUAUUUUUGCUUGAGGUGUCGGAAGGUCCCAAUAAUCCAGACCCAGAUAAAAUUAGUGGAGAUAGAAAAAAGUUGAUGAACGAGGGUGUUUUUGCUCUUAAUAAGUUUAUGAUGAGCACCGAGUUACCAGAAUUUAAAGUGUGUGAAACGUUGGGUGUCUUCCUGGCUCAGGGAUUUGCCGAUAAAGUUGAGAUUGGACAAAUAAUAUUCAUUGGGCCCGGCUUGUACUUUUUUUCGCCGUUUACAAUCCCAGCUCUCACCAUCCCAAUUUCCAACACCAAUCUAGAACAUGCACCUAGACUCAUCCGAACACUCUUGAAUCAAGUAUGCAACUGGGGUUACACCGGGACGAUCUAG